CUAUGUUCGGCCCUGAGGUUCCGCGUGGCGAGACUGGCGAAAGGCGAGAAUAAUGGUGAUCAAUGGUGAUUGAUGGUGAUGUCAAAGGUCGGAGGCUCCGACUCGGAGCUCGGAGCAGUGGACCACGCGGAUUAAAGCACUAAACACUCGCGACUGCUCGCGACCGCGACGCCUAUAAUCAGCUUGUAAUUACGUAAACUACGGCCGCGUGGCACUUAGUUCUUUUUCUUCUUUCUGUCGCGACCGGCUGCCAUGCGGCCAAGGCUCUGUUCCGCCUUGUCGAAGCCGGUCCAUGCCGCGGUCACGUUGCCAAUUUCGUUAAUCGUACAUAGAGCAUCGUGAUAGAAACAUGGGUGGCAAAUGGUCUAACAUGGAUCCCUCGCAAGUCGAGGUACCGGAAAUAAAAACCCUCCUCGAGAGAGAUCCGUAUCUGAAGCCGUACGAGAAUGAUAUUCGACGAAGAUAUGCCCUCUUUUUGGAUUACGUUGAGAAAAUAGAAGAAGGAGACGGAAGCCUCAGGCAAUUUACUACUGCGUACGAGAACUUUGGUAUUCAUAUCCAGGAUGACAAUAGUGUUGUUGCGAAAGAAUGGGCACCUGGUGCGCAGGAAGUAUUUCUGACUGGAGAAUUCAAUAACUGGCAAAAAACUGCUGUGCCAUACAAGAAAUUAGAAUAUGGCAAAUGGGAAUUGCAUCUACCUCCAAAUACAGAUGGUAGUUGUCCUUUAAAGCAUAACUCCGAAGUAAAGCUCAUCAUCAAGAGCCACAAUAACGAACUACUUGAAAGACUGAGCCCAUGGGCGACUUAUGUGACACAGAAACCAGAUAAAUCUGAAGGAACUACUUACAAACAACGUAUAUGGCAUCCAGAAAAUAGGUACAAGUUUAAACAUCCCAAACCAAAGAGACCGGAAAGUCUCAGAAUUUACGAAUGUCAUGUUGGUAUUGCUACACAGGAAUUUCGUGUCGGCACUUACUUGGAAUUUGCUAGAGAUGUGAUACCACGGAUUGUAAGGCAAGGUUACAACACGAUACAAGUAAUGGCGAUUAUGGAACAUGCUUACUAUGCUAGUUUUGGAUAUCAGGUGACUUCCUUUUAUGCGGUUUCUUCUCGCUAUGGAAAUCCAGAGGAAUUGAAAGAGCUAGUGGAUGUGGCGCAUCAGCACGGUCUCUAUGUUUUGUUGGAUGUUGUACAUUCACACGCUUCCAAGAAUACUUUGGACGGACUGAAUAUGUUUGAUGGUACGGAUGCAUGUUUCUUCCACAGUGGAGCUCGUGGCGAACACUCACUGUGGGAUAGCAGGCUGUUCAAUUACGCAGAAUAUGAGGUACUUCGGUUUUUACUGUCCAAUCUACGUUGGUACAUCGAGGAAUAUGGUUUUGAUGGAUUCAGGUUUGAUGGUGUCACAUCGAUGUUGUAUCAUUCGAGAGGCUUAGGACAAGGUUUCAGUGGCCAUUACGAUGAAUAUUAUGGUUUGAAUGUCGAUGUAGAGGGCAUAGUGUAUUUAAUGCUUGCUAAUCAUAUGUUGCAUGAAAUAUAUCCCGAAAUUGUCACAAUAGCUGAAGAUGUUAGUGGAAUGCCAGGCGUUUGCAGACCCGUUGCCGAAGGUGGUGUGGGAUUUGACUACCGAUUAGCCAUGGCUAUUCCCGACAAAUGGAUUAAGUUGUUAAAAGAAGUAAAAGAUGAGGACUGGAAGAUGAGCGACAUUUGCUGGACACUUUCUAAUCGAAGAUGGAUGGAGAAAGCGGUUGCCUAUUGCGAAUCUCACGAUCAAGCUCUCGUAGGCGACAAGACGAUUGCAUUCUGGCUUAUGGACAAGGAAAUGUAUUCACACAUGAGCACAAUGAGUUCACACAGCGAUGUCAUAUCUCGUGGCAUUGCCCUCCACAAUCUAAUCACGCUUAUCACGCACAGUCUGGGUGGCGAGGCUUAUUUAAACUUUAUAGGCAAUGAAUUUGGCCAUCCCGAAUGGCUGGACUUUCCAAGGAUUGGAAAUACAGAUAGCUAUCAUUAUGCCAGACGUCAAUGGAAUUUAGUAGACGACGAAUUACUGAAAUAUAAAUAUAUGAAUAAUUGGGAUCGCGCUGUGAAUACGCUCGAAGAGAAGUACGGAUGGUUGCAUGCCAAUCCCGGCUAUGUGAGCUGGAAACACGAAGAUGAUAAGGUUAUUAUAUUCGACCGUGCUAAUCUCGUGUUCGUCUUUAACUUUCAUCCAGUCAAAUCGUUCGCUGAUUAUCCGGUCGGUGUAAAGAAUCCAGGAACAUACAAGAUCGUUUUGUGCAGCGACGAUGAACAAUUUGGAGGAGAACGUCGCGUAGACACGAGUGUGCAGCAUUUUACACAAGCAGAACCAUUUUCUGCGUAUCAACACAAAAUGAUGAUCUACAUUCCGCGCCGUACAGCGUUAGUUUAUGCACAAACUGAUUGCUAACUGCUGUCUCGUGAAUGAAGACUGUUUGAAAAUUGCAUAAUGAUAUAUCACAUUUAUCUAGUAAAUACAAAUAAAUACAGAGGUCAUAUUUUUGUAAAAAUAAUUUUAUAUAAAUAUAAAUAUAUAUAUAUAUAUAUAUAUACACACACACACACACACACACACACACACACACACACACACACACACACACACACACACACACACACACACACACACAUAUAGAGGAGAGUGGGGUGAAUCGGACCUAGCUGCAGUUUUUGUUCUCUAUAAAGCGCAAAUAAAGUCCGAUCGUAAAACUGAAGGUGCCGUUGGAAAGAUAAUUUAAUUUCCUUCAUUUUUGCUUUAGAUCAUUUUGACGUAUCUUUCAUCUAUGUUGAACUAUAACGGAAAAUAUAAAAAUCCUUUUUGCGAUCCGAUUUGGAACUACUGGUUCUCAUUUUUAUCACUUUAUAAAUAGAAUUUCAAAAGAUUAUAUUUUUCUUAGUAUUAAAGAAAAACGAACAAUUGGACAGUAAAAAAUAAAAAUUUUAUCAAAAAGAAACAAAUUAGUAACAGUUUAUAUAGUUUAUAUAGUUAGACGUUUCUCGAUCAAGUUAUGAUAUUGUUAUUAUAUAAUUAUAUAAUUAAUUAUAUUAUAUAUUAUAUAAUUAGAGUUGAAAUCAAUAAAAUUCGAUUAUUCCCAA